UCUAAAUAUCUUUUAACUUUUCAUCAUUUGUUUGCAUUCAUUAUCUUAAUUUUCUAUUCUUAAAACUUUCUUACAACACAAAAUCCUAGUUAUGUACGAGAAAACAGAGAUGUACCAGCACUCUUUUCCCUGUUUGCAUUGCCACCCUCAUUCUUACAUCAGAAUGGUACAAAAUCUCAUUGAGAGGUGCUUGUUACUUCGUAUGGAUCAAGACCAAUGCAUCAAGGCAUUAGCAGAAUAUGCAAGAAUUCGGCCCGUCGUAACACUCACAGUGUGGAGAGAACUGCUAAAGGAGAACAAAGAUUUCUUUCAAACCUAUUUCCAUUCUAUAUCUCGAAGACCAUUCACAAGUAGAUAUAAGGCAUCAAGGUUUGGAAGAAGAAACAGAUGAAAUCAUCAAAAAGAAGAAUAAGAAAAUUUUCCUGAAAAAAAAAAGGUGUCAGCAUUAGCAAUAUAAUUAUUAUUAGGGUUCUUAGAUAUUUGGUAGUACUUGAGUUAUACCCUUAACUUAAAGGGGAUAUAUAUGUGUGAUGUAUAUAAAAAGUUUAGGUCAAGAAUAAGAGUUGAUCGCAAGUUUUAUUCGACUAGGCAAAAAUAUAUUUAGAUUUCCAAGAUUUGACA